CAUAAGAGUAAAGGGAACUACACAGAUUCACAGUUGGCAGCGUUUUUGACCGAAGAGAAAAGGGGAGUGCAACCUGCAGGCCUGCCAAUACCACCAGACAGUCCUCUUGAUGGUGGAGAGCCAAGUCAGAAGCUCUGUCCUGUACCUGAAUGCAGCAAAAGAGUGAAGAGACUAUGGAAUCAUUUGAAUGAAUAUCAUAAAAAGAGAGGGGAUGCUGUACCGCAUCAUCCACAAAGACGGCGAUGGUCCAAGGAGGAGGAAAAGAUAUUGAAGGAAGAGAUAGACAUAAUGGCAUACCAGACUGUACCAACCAGAAAGAAGUGCAUGGAG